UUCCGAGGCGGAGGCGGAGGGUGAGGGUGAGGGUGAGGGUGAGGGUGAGGGUGAGGAUGAGGGUGGGGGGGCGCUGGGCACUCGCUCUUCCUCGUCAGAGGAAGAGGAAAAGGAAGAGACUAGGGUGGAGGCGGCAAUGUCUCGGGAAAGGGGAGACAACUCUCUUGAGGUCAACUCCAUGCGGAUGCUCGUUGGGCACAAGGAACCUGUGGUUGCACUAAGUGCGGCCUCGGGCCUUGUCUUUUCCUGUGAUAGCUCCGGAUUGCUGCUGGCGUGGAAUCCACACCGGUAUUGGCUGCUGCAUGCCUUUACCGUGUCUCAAGGUGCGCCUUUACUGCAAUCUUUAUCAAAGGCUCCUUCCGACAGGUAUGCCCCUGACAAGGCUGAGGUGGUGCGUGGGGCGCACUUCCUGGGAGUCAUGGAGGGCUUCUUUUGGAACAUUGACACUGCCAGUGGUGCAAGGUGUAUGUACAUGCCCAGUCCUUUGCAUCUCAAGAGGCCGCUGUGUAACGGGACAGCAGACGUUUCUCUUCAUUCUGGUGAAGGCUCGAGUUGGAGCCACUUCACGAAGGUGGUGUGGAACUUUAUGCAAGAUACCGUGAGCCUCUUGGUGCAACAUCUGGAAUUUCAUAAUGAGGCCUUUUCCCAUGCAGCGGAGGCUGCGCUGCGGGAGGGGGUGCGGCCACCUUGUGGCUUUUCCCUUCUCAACUGCUCCAACCACGCCACCGCGCCCGGAGAGUCCUGCGAGGGAGGGAGGGGCGCAGACUCCACCUGUGCGCCCCGCCCGCUGUGUGGGAGUUGUGCGGAGCUGGUUGAGCUUCAGGCCGCACGGGAGGCGCUGGUUCAAGAACGCGAGUUGCUUGCCACGCAGCAACAGGAAGAAGAGAAGCGUUGGCGCACGGAACGCCAGCGUCUGAAGGAGGAAGCAGUGCGUUUGGAAGCGCGGUCGGAAGCGUUGUCCCAUCUCCAGGCGACUCUUCUUGAGACGAAGCGGGGACAGGAGGACGCAGUUGCAGCAUACGAGGAACGUUGGCGUCAACUUAAGGCGCGUGACCUUGAACGAGAGCGACAGCUGGCGUGCGUUAGUGCCGAGCUCUCCUUUCUUCGGCUCAAGUAUGCCGACUGGGGCGGCGUCAAGGAGAGGGAUAUGUGA